AUGUGGUCGUCAUUGCUCUUCACCUUGGAUUCAAGUCCAGAACACUUCUUGUCAGCUUUGGCCUCAGAUAACCAACUUCCUUCUCGAGUUCGCUCUAAUGACUUGAGUGAAUCCACCAGAGAAGACAACUCCUCUAUUUUUCUUACUGGCAGCCUCAUGUUCGAUUUUGCCCUCACUUACUUGCUUCUCUUACAAUUGAACUUGGCCAAUGAGAAUAAUGGUAUGGAUGAAAGACUACAAAAGAAGAAAAAAUGCAAAAAGAGGGAUCCACAAGGGCAACGACGUUGUCAAAAAAAGGGAAAGAUUAUACCACAACCAACUAUGGAGAGCACUAGAGGUCUUCUUCGAAAUGCUAAGCCUGUUUAUCUCAAGGAUGUCAGCCUUGGAAAGGAUGCCUAA